CGGCCCUGCGUUUCCCGUCCGCCCCGGCGCGCCCACAAGUGGACCGCCGUUCCGGCCCGGCGCAUGCCCGUCCGCCCCGGCGCCGGCACCGGAAAUCGUCGCCGUUCCGUCACGGAUCCGCCCAGCGCCGCCUCUCGUAGCCCAUCGAUCCGUCCCUGCGCCGCCACGCGUCGCUCGUCGUCCCCGGCGCCGCCUUUGCUAAUCGCCACCGUUCCGUCGCGGCGCGGCCAGUCGUGGCCCGUUCGGCCCGUCUUCACCACGCGUUGCACGCCUGCAUUUUGUCCCGGGGCCGCCUUCGGCAGUCGUCGCCGUCCGUCCCGACGCAUAUUCUGUCAUCCCUGAUUUCGUCACUUGGAGAACGGCCCGAACGUACCACGAUCUACAAGUUUGGAGUGAUGGAUGCGGAAAAGCAUGUUAGCCUGGAGGAGAUCGAGGAAUACAAUAGUGUGGUAAAUCAGAUGUUUGUGAGUGAGAAGGAUGGUUACAAGUUCUACAAUUCUUAUGCAGCAAAGAAAGGGUUUAGUGUUAGAAAGGAGAAGGUGAGAUACAAAGCAGGUACAAAGAAGAUGAAAUGGAGGAGGUUCUGCUGCUCAUCUGAAGGACACAGGUUGCUGAAAUUUUUUGAAAGAACUGAUCAACAAAGGGAGCCACGGGCACUGACCCGUUGUGGUUGCAAUGCUAAGCUUGACAUCGAGCUGAAUGAAGAGAGCGGAUUAUGGUUUGUUAAAGAUUUUGUGGAUGGUCACUGUCAUGUACUUUGUAAACCUGAAGAUGUGUUUGUGAUGCGGUCCCACCGUGGCCUAAAUGAUGCUCAGAAAGCUGAAGCCAUUGAGUUGGGCAUCGGUGGGCUACGUACAUGUCAGAUAAUGGAUGUUAUGGAGAAGAACCAUGGUAGCUAUGAAGAGACUGGAUUCUUGUUGCGGGACUUGUACAACUUCUUUGCAAGGUACAAGAAGGAGAGAGUUGAAGGUAGGGAUGCAGAAUUUGUUCUAAAAUAUAUGGGAGGAAAGCAAGAAGAAGAUCCAGAGUAUUUCUUCAAGUACAGUGUGGAUGAUGAAGGGCAUCUGAAAAAAAAAAAUUGGGCAGAUGCACAGUCUCGGAUUGACUAUCACGCCUUUGGGGAUGUCAUCAUUUUCGACAGCACUUACCGUGUGAACCGGUAUAACCUCCCGUUUGUGCCUUUCAUUGGUCUUAACCAUCAUCGCAGUACGGUUGUGUUUGGGUGUGGGAUCAUUUCGGACGAGAGUGUAUCUUCUUAUGUUUGGUUGCUUGAGGCGUUUUUGGAAGCUAUGGGACAGCAUCAUCCAGAGUCGGUCAUCACAGAUGGGGACAUUGCAAUGGCACGUGCCAUUGAGAUUGUUAUGCCCGAGGCAGAUCACCGGCUGUGCAGUUGGCACAUAGAGCAGAAUAUGAUUCAUCGCCUCCGCGGGGAGAAGCUUAGCGAAUUUAGAAAGUUCGUGUACCAUCCCAUGACAGUUGAUAAUUUUGAGAAACGUUGGAUGGAGUAUAAGGAGAAUUAUGGAAUCUCAGAAGAAGACAUAUGGAUGGUGAUGAUGUAUGAUCUUAGAAAGAAGUGGUCCGCAGCAUACACUAAAGGGAGGCAUUUCUUGGGCAUGCAGAGCAAUCAAAGAAGCGAGAGCCUGAACUCAAGGCUUCACAAGCAUCUGGACCGGAAGAUGUCACUCGUUGAUUUAGUGGAGCACUAUGAGUUCUCCCUAUCACGGAUCCGUAGGAAUGAAGCUGAGCUUGAUGCAAAGGCUUCACUGUCAGUCCCAUUCACUAGGAUAUCCGCUGACAUUUUUGAGAAAAAGGCUGCCCGUAUUUACACACCGAAGAUGUUCAAGAAAGUCAGGGAGCAGAUAAGGGGACUAUGUCAAUGGGAAGUUAAAGAGGUGACUCCGGAAAAUGGUCUUGUAAAGUAUGGAGUUGGAUCCGAAGGUGUCAGGGAAGACCUGGUUUAUGUCAUAUGUAUUUUUGAUGGCACAUUGAUGCAGAAUGCUUCUUGCUUUUGCCGAUUGAUGGAGGGCGAAGCCAUACCGUGCGCACACAUAUUUGCUGUUAUGAGGUUUCUUGGUUUUGAUAACAUUCCAAAAUGUUGUGUUGUGGAGAGGUGGACAAAUCUAGCGAAGAUUGCAUUUCCAUCUGAUAGGGUUACCAAUACCCAUGUGCGAUCGGAACAGAUGGCUCGUUUUCGUGGCCUCCGAAACAAGGCUAAUCUUGCUUUAUUCAAAGCUUCAAAGAGUGAAGAGCAGUCAGAGAGGGUGAUGCGAUUCUUGGAUGAGGUUUUGGAGGAAGGUGAAGGGGAUGAUGGUAGCAUGGAGGCAACAUCGUUUGGGCCUUUGCCAGCACACUUUUCAGGGGCGAACCAACGAUUUGUAACCGAAGUCCUUGAUCCAAAUAAGAUUGUUGCGAAAGGAGCUCCAUCUAAUAAGAGAUUGAAGAGAUUCCAUGAAAGGUUGAGGAGGAAUUAACUAUUCAGAUAUGUAAAUGAACAAGGCAUCAUGAAGUAUAUAAAGAUUGCAGCUUCAGUACCAAACAAGACAGUUCAGAACAACAUUGAUCUCUUCUGUCGGGCAAGAAGGAAUGUUAUGCUUCAAAAAUCUGGAGUUUAUGUUAAGCUGCUUCUUCUGUCUGACUGUCUGUAAUGAUACUUCUUCAUUGAACAAGGCAUCAUGAAGAAUAUAACGAUUGCAGCUUGGAGCAGUAUUUUUUUUAUUUAGCUGUAUUCUCUCUUGCAGGCUCAGAACAACAUUGAUCUCUUAU